UUGUCGGACUCUUUAACCCUUUUAGUGCCGGGCGAAAAAGAGGUGCUUAUGCGAAGAUAACCGGCCGAUUUUACUAGGAUUUGCUGUUCUAUCGUAUAAAAGAAGGAAGAUGAAUCGUCAUCCGAACGUUGACUACAAAAAUCGUAAUGAGCCGCAGGCUGAAUUAGAAAGCCAAUUCAUUUUGCGCCUACCACCGGAACCUGCUAGAAUAUUAAAAGAUACGUUGAGUAACGGUCUUCCUUUAAAAGAUAGGCUGAGUAUUAAAUUGGAGAAUGACAUGCGCUAUGGUGAGGUUAGAUUCGACCACUGGUUGCUGCAUGCUAAGGUGGUGGAUUUACCAACGAUAGUAGAAUCCCUGAAAACCAUUGAUAAUAAAAGCUUUUACAAGACUGCCGAUAUAUGUCAGAUGGUGAUAUGUAAAGAAGAAGAUGAUCAUACCGCAACGGACGAAGAAUCACCCGUUAAGCAGAAGAAAAAAGAUCCGAACAAAGUUGAUAAAAAGUUCCUCUGGCCUCAUGGUAUAACACCGCCCUCGAAGAACGUAAGGCGCAGAAGGUUCAGAAAAACCUUGAAGAAGAAAUACGUGGAGGCACCAGAGAUCGAGAAGGAAGUUAAGCGGCUGUUGCGAGUGGACAAUGAAGCAGUUAACGUCAAGUGGGAAGUGAUAUGCGAAGAUGAGGACCAAACGAAACCAAGCAAAGUGUCGUCGUCCGGUACAGUUAAAACUAAGCGAGACAGCAUCAACGGGAACACAUCUCAAAGUCUGGAUGUCGCUGAGCACGAUAUAUUUGGUGAGCCUGUGAGCGACAGUGAGGACGAUGACGAAGAGGCAAACAUAAAUGUGAUGGAACUGGAUGAAAAUAGCCGUCUCUCGGCGGAUAGCCGAGUUUCAGACUCCAAUUCUAUGCAAGCGCCGUAUUCUGAAAGGUCAAACAACAAUGCGACAACGAGUAACGGAUUGGUGACUGAGUUUAGUAAAGAGAUGUUCGAAAAUGAUAACAAUGACGAUGCGGAGACCGAGAAACAGCAGGAAGAGGCCACCACGUCGAAAGUGUCGAAAUUAGAGCAGUUUCACUCGGAAUAUAUUAUUCCUGACAAUUACACGGAAUCGCCGCCCAUGUCUGUGUCUAAAGAUUCCCUGCAGACACGCCUCGCUACUCUCAAUGCGGAACUGGCGGAGCUACGACAGAGAAGACAACAGCAGGAGAUUGAGAUAGCUAAUAUAGAGAAUAUUAAGCUGAGGCAGAGGUUCCAGGAGAUUUUAGAUAAUUUAUUGACUCAAGAAAUGCAAAAAUUGCAAGAGAUACAAGAACUGGAAUAGAAAAUGCAGAAUACAAAAUAUGUUAUAUUACUAUCGUUUUAUUUUGAAGAAAUCGAAACAAAAAUAGAGUAAAA